CCGGCCAUCCUGAUGGUGCAUGGCUUUGGUGUGGCCGGGUGGCACUUCCAUCGCAACUGGGAGGACCUGCGGCGGGAUCACCGGGUGUGGGCGGUGGACCUGCUGGGCCAAGGUGAGGCAGAGCGGAGGGCAUUACGACCCGUCGGUCGUCACGGUCGGAGACCCGUCAAAUCGAUUUGUCGCAGCUGGCCGCGGCAUCCCGUGCCUACCUCCGCGGGGUUAUAUUACAGCGUGGACACAUGGACCCGCCAAUUGGAGGACUUCCUGGAGCAGUGCGUGGGAGAGCCGGUCUACGUGGCGGGCAACUCGCUGGGAGGGUACCUUGCAGUGAUGCUGGCGGCGCGGCGACCGGACCUUGUCCGUGGGCUUGUGCUGCUGAAUGCCACCCCUUUUUGGGCUUUCCGCCCCCCUCGGGGCUCGGCUGCAGCUCGGGGGCCCAUCUGGUCAGCGCUUGCGGACGGCUCCGUUCCCGUACCAGAGUCAUUGAAGCGGGUCAUCGAACGUUACUGGUGGGACAAGCUGCGUGCGCCCACCACCAUCUCCGCCAUGUUGCGGCUGGUGUACGCGGACAAGUCGGGGCCCGACCCACCCUUGGUGGCGCGCAUUGUGGAGGCGACGGAGCACCCCGGUGCACUCGACGCAUUCACGUCCAUAGUCCUGAGCCCCAAAGCCGAGCUCAGCUUCGACGAGCUGGUGGACCGUCUGCACUGCCCCGUGCUGCUGCUAUAUGGCAAGGAGGACCCAUGGGUCAGGCCGCUUUGGGGCCAGCGCCUGAAGCGCCGCCUGCCGACGGCAACGUACCUAGAGCUUAGCCCUGCGGGCCACUGCCCACACCAUGAGGCACCGGCGGCGGUGAAUAAGGCGCUGCGGGCCUGGGUGGCGGCGCAGGAGCGCGCGAGGACGCAAGGGGUGGCUGAAGAGGGGCCGACGGGGACUGGGAUCGGCUUGGCGGUGGAGGAGAGCUGGGAGGUGGUGGAGGCGGACGGGCGUGUGGUGCGGGUUAGCCAUAUCGACGGUCGGCCGCGGGGGGUGAUGGAAUGGCUGGAUUUGGCGGUGUGGAGCGUGCUGGGCCGCGCGCUGGGGGCGGUGGGUGGGAAGGGGGCAGACAAGGCGGGGUCGGGGACAGCGGCGUGAGGGGACGUGUGCGGCUAUACACUGACUCGUUUGAUUGACACACAUGUUGAAUACCGGUAGGGAGUGGGGUUCGCCGUAACACGAGAUGGUGUUUUUGUGAGCAGGUUUCAGUGCGAAGAUGACGUCGCUGCGUCGCUUGUAUCAUCGGAGGGGUCUUUUCGUUCUAGCCUAGACAUCUUAGUGCUUCAAGCCAAAUUCGUACCGCAGGUCUGAGCUUGGGCUACCAGGUUUCACCGGGCCCUGAUGGCGCUUACUAGACGUACAGGACAGGUAGCCGGCUUUUAUUUAUCUGCGCAAAAUUUUCUAUACCCAAGCCACGGCUCUUUACAUUGCACGUAUACGUUGCAUCCGUUGUGAUAAGUUCGCUGGUUGUGCAUCGUUCGGUGUUGUGGCAGGUUUCAUUUAAACAUGGUCACUUCGAUGCGUGAGAAGUUCACGCAAUCAGUAUAUUUCAAUCAGCCCGGGGAAAACCCCG